UACGCCGGGCCCGGCCGCCGCGGUCUCUGGUAGUGGGGAUGCGGAGCUAUAGGUGGCUGCCCGAGCCCCUGGGUACCAGGGUCAAUCCAAUGGUGCCCGGGGCAGGAGCGCGGCACUGCGGCCUCUACCUGUGUCUGAGGAAGAUGGCGGGAGCAGCAGCCCACCUGAGUGCGCUGGGGCUGGGCGUCUACCUGGGAGUGCUGAGCCGCCUGGGGACCAGUCGUUUCUCCUGGCACCCAGCCUGCAUGGCUGUAGCAGUCUGCUUUUGUAUGACUGAAGCCAUUCUGACCUUCUCGAUGGACAGCUCCCCAUUUUUUUGUUGUUCAGUUAAAGCCAAGGUGCGACUUCACUGGAUGAUGCAAGUCCUUGCCAUGAUCAUUGGUUCGAUUGGCCUCAUUUUCAUUGUUUCCAGCAAGAACAUCUCCGAGUCCCCGCACCUCACCUCUUGGCAUAGUAUCCUUGGAAUCGGGACUGUGAUUACUGUCUGUGGCCAGUUGCUGUGUGGCCUCUGCCUUUUGUUUCCAAAGUUGAUCAAUACCUACUCAGUGGCCAGGCUACGACUUUACCAUACUACGUGCGGUCUAGUGGCUUACCUGAUGGCAACAGCUACAGUAAUGCUGGGCUUGUGCUCUGAUUGGUUCAAAGCCCAGGUUAACGCAGUUUUGUGGUACUCGUGCUUAAUUAUUCCGCUGCUUCCAGCUCUCGUUAUCAUGAACCAGAUCAAUAAUGGUUACCUGUCCAAGAAGAAAAUAGAAAUUUAAUCUUGGAUCAACAUCAACAUUGGCUGUGAUUGUCGUGCUAUGAGCACAUUUCUUAGUGUCCAGUAAGGAUGAGCUUGAAAGUCAGAUGAAAUUGCAGCUAAUUUCGUGGUUGGUUUGAGCAAAUAGAUUUUUUUUAACAAAACUGGGUACAAGAAACCUUUUAGUAUUUUCCCUUUCCUUCCUCCCCACCCUGUCCACAUCUACACCAACAAAUUUAAGUUUCUUUUGCUAUAUUGGCCAGUAUCUGUUUCUGCUCUCUGUGGGCUCUCCUGGGAUGUGUGGUACAUACCAUAAUUGGAAUUAAAGUUCUUAACAGAUACAAAUUGUUAUCAAAUAACAAGGAUCAAAUGGAUGUUAAUGUGUGCCUCUGAAAUGUUUGAAUCAAGGCAGCAACUCCACAAUGCUUUGGGGCAGUGGUUACAGUGAAACAUGUUAGUAUUCUUUACAGAUGAUACCUGUUACAGGAUAUGAAUUGUUCUUGUACAUAUUUCACAGCUUGGUCUUGAGUUUUGUAGUGUGGUGAAUGCAGGGCAGAGAGUAAAUUCACGGCCAAGUACCAGCCAACAUGGUCAUGGCUGAGUUGACUGUCCAAGCUGGGAAAAAACAUUUAAAAUCAUUGAAAAUGCAUACCUUUCAAAACAUGUUUAUUUUUAUAUUUCUGAAUCUUUUUAGCAGCGAUAAUGGAAAUACUUCUGUAUAAUUGCAUUUGAUAUUUGGUCCAAAGAUGUAUUAUGUAAGCAAUGGUGUAUCGAAAUUCAACAUUUUUUUAACGUCAAUAUAGGUUCUAUAUUAUACUUGUUAUAGGUAUCAUGUGAGACGAUCCCCAUCAAGUUGUUAGUCUUGUUCCUCUUGUGAUGUAAUUGAAUUCUUAAAUGCAGCUGCUGGAAGUUUUGUCCUAAUAUUUGUCUUUCUGGGUAAUAAGGCAUACAAUAUCUUUUGGUUGACAUCCCAGGAUCUUUAUAUAUUAUGCUGAACAAGACAUUUUUAGUUUUUAAUAGUAGAACCCAUCACUGUAAUGAAACUAGUUAAAUUUAACCUUUUAUUUUAGUACAGACAAAUCUAAGACCAAGAAUCUGUUUGAGGUUAUAAUAUUUGAGGGCUGAAUGGCCUGAUAUCAGCUGGAAAAUAGCUUUGCAAAUGUAUUCACACUACAUCACUGGCCGUUGAUGUUCUAGGGAGCUAAAGGCUGGAAUCUUCAGGUCGUUUGCAUAGAAUGACGGAUAGCUAAGUAUGUUACAGGCUGGAUUGUUCAGGCUAAAUCUGGUGUAAACUGGUCAAACGUGCCAGUAGCUGUCCAAAAUUAUUUUAUGCUGAAAUUUUAUCAUGUUUUAAAAUAGACUUAUUCAUCCAAGUGCUGCUAACAGAUUUGGAAUUUGGAAAGUUAAUCCAGUGAUGCAUGCUUGUUUAUGGUUCAAAUUAAUCUUGUUCUGUGAGCUCUGAGUGAGACUGGUGAUGGACUCCAAAACACCAUCAGCCAUUAUCAUCACACAGUUUGGCCCUAAUUUCACUUUAUUGUUCCUUGUUGGUCUGGAAAGUGGAAGUGCUACCCUUGUUCAGUAAGGAAUACAUCUUUGGGAGCUGGUUUGAAAGCCCAAACAUCAGCAUUCUUCGAGUUUCUAUGAUGUAGACCUGUGAACUGGGCAGCUUAAGUGUGUUUGAUAGGUGUGCCCAAAGUGAAAUCAUUUUCCUUUUUUCUUCCAGCAAUGAUUCAUGCACUUUAAUGACUAAAAUAUUCCUGAAAAAUGUUACUGGGUAUACUAGAACUUUUUUCACCGUUUACUUCUAUUGAAUAUUUUACUUCAAAUGUUAGCGGACUGGUGCUAAAGUCUCCAUCAGUGAUAAAUUGCAGUGAUGCCUUUUGUGAACCAAAAUCAAAUUCUAGACUUAAGUUAUAAUAUUCAAUGGUUUGCACUGCAAUUGAAUUGAGCACUUGUGGUAUGUUUAACCAAUUCAUUUAGAGAAUCCUACACUCUGAAGAUCCGGUCUUCUAGCGAGGCAGAUUAAUUAAUUUGCAGUACCUGGUUUCUGGCACUAGAUGUUGUUGUUUCAUAGUAUUUUAAAAGUACCAGGAGUAUGAAUUACAUUGGUACGGAGCUUUCUCUAAUUUUGUUUGUGCAUUGUCCGUGAAUUUCCCUGGUACUUGGCAUAAAUUUUAAUUUUUGACUAGUAAAAUUGUGACCCUAAAAUCACAUCUGAUUUACAAAAAAAAAUGUGCAUUGUGAAAUUGAGCAGUAAUUUGCUUAAGCAAGUGGGUGAGUACCGGUGUUAAAUCUUUCACAUACAGCAAUCCUUUUGUCAGAAUCUCAAGGACAUGUGACAUGUAUAGUAUAGCAUUUGUGAUGCUAUCAAACCCUGAUUAAAAUGAAUGUUGAAGUAAAUUUGUACAUGUACAACAGGGCAAUUGGUAUCUGAAAAAGGCAAGCAUUGAGGUUAUGUCAUUACCAAAACUUGUUCUCUGUCAAUAUAUAAAUUGUACCAGUUGUAGUUUCCAUGCUCUUGAUGAGUUCAUUUUCAAUUCAUCAUCUUAAAUUGAGACGACAACGAAAAGGGUAUUGUGUAUGUAUAAUAGAAUGAGGGAGCAUAUAUUGUAAGAUAUGAAGCCAGAUGGUUCACUUCUAAUCAUGUGCGUUGAAGUACAUGUGAGACGACAGUUGUCAAGGAGGAUGCAGUGAGAUUAGGUACAUAAAUAUAAGUUUGAUACUCUAUUGCUUCUCCGCUAAGGUCUUUAAUUGAACUAAUCUUUUCAUUUUGGCUUUAGCCUACUGAUUUACUACAUGAUUGUCCAUUGUUCAAGAAAGUUCCUGUCACUUGAGAGCGCACCAAAAGCCGAGAAGUUAUAACUCGAAAGAAAAGUCUUCUAUAUGUUAUUUGCGAAGUGCAGCAAUUAUUAGCUGGGUUGUCACAGGGCAACUAUGAGAUUUGUGAUUCAUUUUAUCGGUUUGGUUCUUGGUGAGAAAGAAAUGGAGGAAAUCAUCAAGGGUUCCUCAUUAGUAUGUUGGUUUGAAGCCUUGUUCCAUUAAUUUAAAGAUUAUGAAUGAAGAAGGUUGCUUCAUUUGUCUACCUCCAUUUUUUCCCCACCUGCAUGCUCCUACCACCACCACUACUAUCACCAUUCCAAAUAUUGUAUCCAAUUGGCUCGUAAAUGGCUAUUGGGCUUUCAGCUAUACUAAUUUAUUUAGGGGUCUAUUCACACAGUGACAUGAAAAGGAAAAUUAUAUAUUUUAAAUAUUAAUCCAAAAUACAAAUACUUUCCCCCCUGUUGGGCUUCCUGGUAAUUCAAAUUGCAUUUCUUCUAGCAAUGAGUCAAUCA